GGACUGCGCAUGUGCUGUGUAAACGUCGGGUUGUUUACUAUCCGCCCUGGUACAGUAAAGUAAGUUAUUAGACUGAACCCUCCGCGAAUUUCAGCUGUAGAGACAGCAGCUAUACUAGCUCUCCGAUUAGACAUUUUCCAUCUAUAAGACCAGACAGCUACGAUUGAAACAAGUUCCAGACACUGUCCUGACCAUGGCAGACCAUCUACAGCGCCUCCAUGUGGUCUUUCUGUUGCUGUGCUGUCUGACCAGCUGCCUGUCCAUCCCAGACCCCAGGCAGAGAGACGCCCUCAUUCACCAGGAGGCCUCCAUGCAGACAGGUGGAAAGGUGGUGCUGAGCGACGCCGAGCAGCGGCUGGACACCCGUCUGUUUAGAAUGAAGCAGGAGGAGAUGGCCAAAGCAGACUUUCCUCCUGCCAUGCACUUCUUCAAGGCCAGAGACCUCAUUAAGAACAGUCCCAUCUUCAGUCUGCUGCAGAAGAUGCCCAAAGGUGGAGCUCUCCACCUUCAUGACCUCGCCAUCGCAGACGUGGACUGGCUGGUGAAGAACGUGACGUAUCGACCGUACUGCUACAUGUGUGUCACUGACAACCGUUCCAUCAGAUUCAUCUUCUCGUCUCAGCCACCAAAGCCUCUGCAGAGAUGUUCUACCUGGAUCCUGCUGGAACACCUCAGAGCCAAGAUGGUCAACGUCACGGAGCUGGACAACAGCAUAAGGAACAACCUGACGCUCUUCACUGACCAGGAUCCAGAGGUGCUGUAUCCCAGUCAGGAUGUGAUCUGGGAAGUAUUUGAACAGAAGUUUCUGGCGCUGUCUGGUCUGGUCUCGUAUGCUCCUGUGUUCAGAGAAUAUUUCUACCAAGGCCUCAGCGAGUUCUACACGGACAACGUCAUGUAUGUGGAACUGCGGGUUCUGCUCCCAGAGAUCUAUGAGUUGGACGGCAGCACUUAUGACGCAGCCUUCGCUCUGAGGACCUACCAGGACAUCAGCAGGCAGUUCAAAGCAGAACACCCAGACUUCUACGGAGUGAGAGCCAUCUAUACAAUCCACAGGAAAGUAAACGUAUCUGUGAUGACUGGAGCUGUUGAGCAGGCCAUCAAGCUGCAGAAGGACUUCCCAGAUUUCAUGGCUGGUUUUGACAUGGUGGGUCGGGAGGACAGAGGAAAGCCGCUGUGGGAUUUCAGAGAUGCCCUGUCGCUGCCUGCAGAGAGGGGAGUCCUGAUGCCGUUCUUUUUUCACGCUGGAGAAACAAAUCUGCAGGGCACAGAGGUGGAUCAGAACUUGUUAGAUGCUCUUCUCUUUAACACGUCACGUAUAGGACAUGGGUUUGCUCUACCUCGCCACCCACUGGCCAAAGACCUGUCCAGGAGGAGAGGGGUUGCUCUGGAAGUGUGUCCCAUCUCCAACCAGGUGAUGAAGUUGGUGAAAGAUUUACGGAAUCAUCCAGCAGCUGGACUGAUGUCAGAAGACCACCCAAUGGUCAUCAGCUCUGAUGAUCCGGCCAUGUUCGGGGCCUCUGGCCUCUCUUACGACUUCUACGAAGCCUUUGUGGGUUUUGGAGGCAUCAGAUCCCAUUUAGGCUCCCUCAAACAGCUCGCCAUGAACUCCAUCAGGUACAGCUCUUUGACUCCAGAGCAGCAGGAGGAAGCUCUGGCUCAGUGGCAGAAAAAAUGGAAUAAGUUUGUCUCUGAAAAUGCCUUUUAGACUGUGUUGAUCCUCAGGGCCAGUGACCCCCUGAUUAACUUACUCAGCUGUUAGGGAAUCACCGGACCAGCUCUCCAUCCUUCGGGUCCGGUUCUACUGCCCCCUGAGGUCUUACUCAGAGGGAUGCUGCAGAACUGUUAAGCUGGUUGACGAGGAAAAUUCGCCUAGCUGUCUCACUGCCUUCAUCCAGAUGCCUAUCCCUACUUCCUCUGAUAAUUAAUUUAACCGAGUAGCCACUUCGGUAUAGUUAAAUUUAACCACCAGAUACACCUGUUAACGGCAGCUUUUCCUCUCAUAGAUCUGGCACUUGUUAAGUUGCUAGGUUUAAUUCAGAGGUUAUGGACAUAUAGACAACCUCUAGGAUAUGUUUAUACUGGGCCAACCUGGCCCCUAUGACUAGGUAACCUUUCAGAACCUUGCUACUAUCAUGCACGCUGUAAGUUAACUUAUUACAUCCAGAGCUAGAUGUAUGAGUAUUUGUUCAGGGAUAAUACAGAAUAGAAAUAGAAAUUAAGAAAUAAUAAAAGAAAAUAGCACUUGCAAUUUGUUGUCUUUAAUUGCAGAAUAAUGCUUUAUUGAUAUAUUUUAGCAGGGCACAAGCAUAGCCAAUAAAUCAUCAGACAAAUAAUCAAACAUUAGAUAAUAUUCAAACCACCCUUAAUCCAUAUCCCUACUGGUCUUAUGCUUUCUUAAGAAAAAAGGGGAAUGCGUGUUACCUAAUGUAACGGUAAUUUGGAGGGAGUAGAACAGCGGGUGUGGCCUCACCCGGCCGUUCACCUGAGCCCACCAAGGAACCCAGGGGGAAGCUGGAGAGAGCGUUAGUCCAAAUUUCAGGUCUGCAUGUAAUCCAGUUUUGGGGUUUUGGGCCAGGAAAAAACUUUGUUAAUCCAUUCAGGUGUUAUUCCUCUGGAAAUAAUAGAAUCCAGUGAUACUCCAUCAGUCCAUUGUCAAGCCCCGAGCACAAUCUUGUAAUCCUUAACAACGAAUAAGAUGCAGUUCCUUUAGUCCAUUAUUCCAUCAGAACAGUCCUUCCUUCAGCAGACCAAGUUAUUCCACUCAUCCAGAGUUACGUGGUAAUCAUCCCCUGUGCUCGGACUAAUGUCCGGAUUGCACCCAGGCAGAUACCCGCAACAAACUCCCCCGAACUACUUCCAAUAGGUACAAUUUAUACAUCACAGCUCUCUUUAAUUUUGCAUACGUGUUGACACCAUACUCUAACCCACGCAAACAAAUUACAGCCACGUCCACCCCCCUCCGCAAAUGUGCACGUCCUCAUUCCUCACCCAGUAACCUUUACUUGCCCCAGACAUGUUCUUGUCCCUUUUUUCACCUCUCUCUACUGGUUACAGGAACUUGAGAAAAGUGAAUGUCAGCAGCUUUUAAAAGUUGCUGACAUAUGCACCCCACAUUUCAGCACGGUGCACACAGACUUACAACACUCCCCUACCCUAUUUACAGAGCCAAAAAGUCCCAUGACCCUCUAAGGGCAUAAUCUAAACUAACCUAUUUUAACUCUUUUUGAAUCACCCUCUAGUACAGUAAUUCAUUAUCUACCCAGGGAUCAACCAGUGAUCCCCCCCUGAAAGCAUUUCCAUUUAUCUAAUAGCAGCAAAACCCUGUUUAACCUUCCGUCCUGUUUUGUUAACCAAAGGCACUCACAGCUCCCUGUGAGGUGCUGCCCUCAAGUGGUUACCCCUUAGAACACAGUUACCAUUCUCUUUGCUGCACCCUAUUAGACCAGUAACAUUUUACUCAAUUUCAAACAACAUAAAGACACUGAUAUAUGUAUAUAUUCAAAGAAUUAAAAAAGAGAAAUAAAAAAAAAAAAAAAAGACAUUCCAUUAUAUUAAUCAAACCAUCACUGCUUAUAGUGAGACACGCUUCUGAUUUCUACACUGUUUCAAAAAUUAAAGGAGAAAAUAAAAAGACAUCCUUCCAAUAUAAUCAAACCAUCAUUCUUCUGAAUAAGGCACUCUUAUGAUUUCUACAUUGUUUCAACACUGUAAAUGUAAAGAUGUAAAAAUGUAAGCAUUUGAUUAAUUCACACACAUUCAUUUGGUUAUAGCGUACUGCAUUUUAAAUCACAGAUUAAUAUAUCAUACCGUGCUUCUCUCAUUCUGCCGCCGCUCCUUCAUAAUUCCAUCUUUAUGGCUGACUAGGGAUCCCAUAUCCAUGACCAGGAAUGUUGACAACUGAGACUAAAGCAAUCAAAUUCAAAAAUGCUGCAAUCAUAGGACAGUCUUCACUUCUGAGAAAGGAGUCAUCAGCUGAAUUCUAAAUGAAACUGUGAAGAAUAAACACACAGCUGCUGAUCGUUUGUAGGAAACACAAAUAUAGAAUAACGGGGUUAGCUGGAGGGAAUAUGGGAACUACAGACUCUCACAGUGGAGUUAAAAUAUUCUGCAGAUACAGCGGUCACUGUGAAAGACCUGCACAUAUGGAGGGCAUCAAAGGCUUACUGUUACUUUUAUUGAGGAUCUUUAAGAAUUUGCACUUUAUGAUUCAGAUUUGUCCACGCUGCCUAUAGAAGAUGCCAACAGUGCCCUGCUGUGGUUGAUGUGAUAAAUGCUGUUUAUUACCGCCCGGCAAAACUGCAUUUGCCAGAAGGUAUUGUUUUCACCUGCAUGGUCUUGCUUGUUUGUCUGUAACACUUUGGUUUCCGCGUGAUAACUCCAUAAAAUAUUGAUGUAGCCUCACCAUAUUUGGUACACAGGUCUACCAUAAUAAGACACAGGUCAAGUUCGCAUUUGGUGACCGUGACCUCAUUUUCAAGGUCACAGGGGUCAUCUUUGUCGCCGGCCGGUCCAAGUUUGGUAAAACUUCUAGUUUCUCUUUGUGUUUGUUAGUGUGAUAGGCAGCUUGUUAAUGUGGCUCUUAAAUCCUGUGCGCUUUAAUAUGCUGUUAGAGGGAUUUUUACAGAGUUUUAUAGGACUUUUACUUUGAUGUAACUUAGACUUAUAGCUUUCCUGGGUGUUUAAUAAGACAACAGCACUAAAACAAAACAUCAUGUUUUGGAAACAUCUGUCAAGAUUCUGUGUGCUCACACAGACAUAUUUAAAUGUGAACUGAACAUGACAAUUAAAGACAACUGUUGAUUUUC